AUCAGCAAAACCCAGCUAACUUUAGAACAGUUGUCUCUACCCACUACCACUCUUUAGCAUUCCCUAUCGAAUGGGAUAACGGCAGAUACGGUGUCUGUCGACCAAACGGAUUGAAGUUGGCAUAUUCUGAUAAAAACUCGAAACAGUGGCCCAGCCGUCGGGGUCAUCUGAGCUUCUUACAUCAUGUGAAGCUAGAGAUACCCGAUUCUUCCCCGUUCUCGCAGCCAGACGCUGCCUUCUUCAAGAGUAUUUACGGGCCAUCCUCUUACGAAAUCAUGGCAACAGCUUCUAGAUGCCCACAGGGUAUCAAUAUUCAUGAAUAUCUUGCUUUUCAGACGGUUGCAUCUGGAAAGUCCAGGCGCUGGCUAUCUAUUCUUGCCGAGUUAGCAUCGGCCAACCUGAACUUCUCCAAUGAAGCCACCAUGUCACUCGUCACUCAUCUGGCUCUUCAGUGCGGGCCCCUGGAUGAUUCCAGGAGUGAGUUUCGCAUCAUCCAUGAGGUUUUCCGUGACCGUUCAUUCUGCGAGACCUUCAUGGAGCAAAUAUCACAUCGCUUGGACAGCCUGGCGGCUAAUUGGAGAGAAAUCUACCUGAUGGAAACCAUCGUCACCUUCACCCUCCGUCUCCUCGAUUUUUCCUGGGCAGCACGUAUGCCCAAGAUCUCCGACCAGACAAUUUCCCUUUUGAUACGUGCCAGGAACACAUGUGUGCGUUGGUUCAAGCUCCUUCGUGCUGAAUCCUACAAGGUUGUCGAAGCCGAGACAGCACGACGGUUCCAACAGUACGGUCUUUGGGCUGCUCUGUUGUGUAAACGCACAUAUGUGCCUCUGGCCUGUGGCCGUCUUGAAUUCGACGAUUUGUCUCUCGAGAUCUUCAUCCAGAGCAGUAUCACGGUAAAUGACAGCCUUGUGGUUAAGCUAGAGGCGCUUCCCCAGCUCCUCCAGCAUGCAAUCAUUCGAGAUAUCCGACUUUCAUAUCGACUUGCCCCAGUUGUGUCGAAGCGAAUCGUUGACGACUUGGAAGUCUUCCGACGAUCCCUUUGUGAGAUGUGGCCCGAGGAAGAAGGGUGUCCUCGAGUUUUCUUGGGAGUGAAAUUGGACCCAGAAGCGCCCGACCGGGUAUUUUGCCAUUCUAGGACAGGUGACAGUGUUGACUCAAUCGAGCAGACUGUUUCAUUCAACUGUAUUAGAGGGCUACUUCUUGUCGAUAGCCAACCGAUGGGCAAACUUCCAGAAGACCCGAAGUACUCCGUUGUUCUGAACGAACUUUUUGGUAACCAGGCUCUCCUGACAUUCCCGUCGCGCCGCCCAGAGAUGCAGUACAUUCUAUGCGUGAGACCUCACGGAUAUCAAGUCCAUGUGGGAUAUGGUAGUGGAACGCAGGAGUUGAUUGUAAGAGCUUUCCGACGAGACUAUGCACUGCAGUUGAUCCCACGUGAGAUCUUUCAAGGCGACUACCCAGAUCUUCCGGGUCCCCUUUUGCACAAUUGCUUUCAUUGGAUGCACCUAAGAACCGGAGACAUUUUCAUAACCUCCAAGGACAGACCCUGGCCGGAUGACCCUCACAAGUGGUACAUUUUGAGUCUGAAAGACUACACAUGUGCGAAGACACGCCUGUACCGAGGCCUCCUUACAAAGGAUUAUAUUGUCAACCCGUCAAGCCCACUCUUCAAUCGUAUUAGCCGAAUCUUAGACUCACUUGAAGAUCGCAGCCAGAUAACUGUGUAUCAACCUGGGGGAGACCGGAACCUUACCGUGGAGCUUCCAAGACUCAACAUUGUGUUCCACACUAACAAGAACCGUCUACUUCAAUCGCCUCAGCUACAAUGCCAAAUCGACAAGGACCAAGAUGCCGGGACCUGGUACGGGCUCCGCAGCAAACUGGUAUGCACUAGCCUUGCCAACCCGAUGCACAGGUCUAUCUUGGUGCCUCUCGGGCCCGUCUCUGCUCGGUCAGAAGGGUGUCAUGUAACAGUGAGGGUCGAACCCUCAGAUAAAUUUGGAAGCUUCAACAUCAACAGCACACUUGGACGGAUCGACUGCGCGCCUGAGCCCACACUGGUUUUUACUAAGGCUCUUCUUCAUGCAUGUACAUCUUUUCUUCUGCCUGAUCCUCUGACAGGCCGCACUGGAACUGAAGAAGCUAUUGAGUGGCUUCAAGCGGGCAUAUCUCAGCCAUGGUCCCCCCUUACUCCACCCUCUAUGUUGGUACUGCACAAGAUAGCUGGGCUAACACCGAGAAGAGUGUACUAUCCACAAGAUCUUAAGGUUAUGCGUACAGAUACCUGGAUUGAGUCCCUGCCUGCCAUUCUUCAAAACUCGGCAUAUAGACAAAUCGUGGAUCGUAUCCUUCGGGAGUCUGCAACUUUAGGAAUGUUUGCAGCCAAAGAACAGGUUACUGUGAAGAUGCCAGAGCUCCCUUCUUCAGGAGAUGUGCAUCUCCAUGCACGAGCAAUGUUUCGACAAAGUGCUGUUACCAGGUGUUCAGGGAAUACGGCCAGCUGCACACAACUAGCUAACCAAAAGUACAUGCCUCGAGAUCGCCCCUCAACAGUCAACAUCAUGUAUCGUAAUGUGCUUGAGGUCACAAACCUGAUCCUGAAAUGGCCCCAGAGCUUCAGGACGACAGAUUGUAUUGCUCAAACUCUCUCACAGGGCAGCACUGUUGGUGGAUUUACAUCGGCUUUCAGUGGGACAUCCAUCAAUGAGAAGUUGAAGGUUAAUAUCCUUCAACAUUGGGGGUCGUUGGUCCGAUUUUCCCGUGAAUCAACGGAUCGAUACAAGCUCAUGUACUUACUCGGGCCAAUGUCGUUCCAUAUCGACGCAAAUAUGCCACUUCUUCGAACCAUUGUUGCGUCUGCGGUAUUCAGUGAUCUUAAGGAUCUUGAAUUGCCCAAAUGGGAUGAGUUUGAUCAUUUCCAACCGAAUCAGGCACCACAGCUUGAUUACAUUCUGCAUCUGCUGAAGCCCUACAGAGUUGCUGCGCCAGAGAACGAUGCCAUGGGUUUGGGGCAGUAUUCGAGCGGAAAACUAUUACGCAAGUUGCAAAUCGAGCAAGCGAAACACGAAGCCAAAGUUGAGGAAGAUUGCAAGUACUUGGCCAACCACCUCCUCAGCCAAUGGCCUUGUCUGGAGCCAAAUGUCAGUGGCCUAUCUCGGUCUGUGCUGAUUGACAUCGGCCCUGCGCUGGAAGUUAUUCGUCCCGAAUGGAAGCGCCUGUUCAUGAACAGAGACCUCACUGAGCAUCUCAAAGAGGUCCAGACAAUUCUUGAUAGACGAAGCCUAGAAGACCGAUAUGAACCACCUACGGUUCCCUUAUCCGAGGAGACCUACACGGUAAGAAUGCGAGAUGGUACUGAAACCGUCGACCUUCGGCAAUUGCUGGCCAAACCGUAUCGUAUUCUUAAGGUCACGACGAGUACGAAUCAAAUUCCUUCUGCAGCCUCGGUGGAUCGACCACUUUUGAGUGAGAAGGACUUUUUCCCUGGAUUCGGCAAUUUCUCUUGGCAAAGAAACACAGGUUCUGGGGCCAAUUCACUCUGGCCUGGUCUCGCAAGGCGCCAUAAUGCCCAAACGGAUAAGAAUAUGUCAGAAUCGACUGUGAGGUCAGAAUCCAGUACGAAAUUGAAUCUCAUAGCCCAACGCUUAGGAGCAUCUCGGUCGGCUGUUCGGCGCCGUUAUGCAGCGGACUUCCAGAAGAGUCUCGCCGCCUUCCAGCACACUCCUUUGACCGGUUUCAAAGAGUCGAUGAAAUCUCGAGAAGUUGAGAUGCACUCCAGUCUGGAGAAGGUCGAGGGCGGCUUCGGGGCGAUCUGUACAGCCUUGGAGUCAAGUGGAAUAUUCUCACAAAGAAGGAUCUUUUGGCUCAAAGCAGGAAACCUGUGGCCGAUUGUGACCAAGGCUACGCUGCUUUCUUGUCUCGGAUCGGCUGCUGAGGUCACACAAUUUGGAAGUGGAAUGAGAAAGGCCAUUUUAGAAAUGGGAGUUGACAUUACGAAAUACCAAAGACAGGUCCGACUGCAUGAUCUAGCGUCCAAAGGCAUAUCGGGAAGAUACCAUGAAGAGGAGUCAAACGAGGGACAUUCGAAUUGGAAGCCCGAAGAGCAUCCAGAUUGGCUCCUGUUAGAAAUAGAGUCCAAUAUGAUGAUUCGUCCUGUUCAAGUUGAUGUAGCUUUAGCCACAAUUUCCCCUGGUUCGGGAUCGAAUUCUGUGCUUCAGAUGAACAUGGGCCAAGGGAAAACCUCCUGUGUUAUCCCUAUGGCUGCGGCAGCACUUGCUAACAAGAAACAGCUUGUGCGAGUCAUUGUACCAAAAGCUCUGCUCCAACAAACAGCUCAGUUGUUGCAGGCUAGACUCGGUGGUAUCCUUGGAAGGGGCAUUCGGCAUGUCCCCUUCUCACGUCGAACUCCCACUACCGAGAAAAAUAUACGAGCCUAUCAUUUGAUCCACAGAGAUAUGCUCAAGUCUGGAGGUGUCAUGAUCUGCCAACCCGAACACCAGAUGUCAUUCAUGCUUAGCGGCCGACAGCGACUCCUGGAUGAGCAGCCAGCGCAGGCAGGACCUAUGACCAAGGUCCAAGAAUGGCUCACAAGGGUGUCAAGAGAUAUCCUAGACGAGUCGGACUAUACUCUCGCAGUGAGAACCCAGCUUAUCUACCCAUCUGGCGCUCAGACUACAGUUGAUGGGCAUCCACAUCGCUGGCUUGUGGCUGAAGCCGUGAUGAGACUUGUUGAUAAUCAUCUGUAUGGUUUAUCAAGGUCUUUUCCUCACUCCAUUAGCGUUAUUCGACGAAACGGGGGCGGAUUUCCCUUUGUGUUCUUCCUCAGGCAAGAUGUUGAGGAUGAGCUGGUGCGAAGGCUUACAGCAGACAUUUGUCACGGUGCUGGUGGGAUUCUGCCUCUUACUGAACAGGCAAUGACAAUUAAAGACAGAAUCGCUGUCAAGGACUUUCUCAUGCACGCUCGACCUAGUGCUACAAGUAUAGAGCACAUCCGGAAUCUCUUGCCAGACAAGCCUAGCUUAAAGCAAACGAUUUAUCAUCUCCGAGGUCUCCUCGUCAAUCGCAUUUUAAUGAUGACCCUCAAGAAGCGCUGGAAUGUAGAGUACAGUCUCCAUCCGCACCGCGAUCCCAUAGCAGUGCCUUUUCACGCCAAAGGUGUUCCGAGCGAUCAAUCCGAGUGGGGUCAUCCUGACGUCGCAAUACUAUUCACUUGUUUGGCGUUCUACUAUGAUGGCAUAAAUCUAGCUCAACUUCGACAAUCACUUGAACAUAUCCUCAAGUCCGACGACCCGUCAACCGAAUACGAUAACUGGACCCAGAGCUCUGAAAAUUUCCCUUCUUCCCUCAAGGCCUGGAAUUCAAUCAACGUGGAUGAUGAGAUGCAACUUGGGGAGAUUUGGAAGGUUGUGCGGUACAAUGAGGUAGUCAUCGAUUAUUUCUUGAACAAUUUCGUGUUUCCACGGCAUGCCAAGCAGUUUGAGGUAAAACUUCAGGCCAAUGGCUGGGACAUUCCACUGUCACCCCUCGGGAGUAUAACGGAGAAUGACAAAGAGACGACAGGCAAACCGCUGAGUACAGGCUUCAGUGGUACCAACGACAACAGAACAAUGCUUCCUUUGAACAUUGAACAACAAGAUCUGCCGAGUCUUCAUCACACAAGCGCUGAAGUUUUGACCUAUCUUCUUCACCCUCGAAAUCGUCGUUGCAUUCUACCUCAGGAUGUCAAAACUCAACACAUGGGCAGAGCCACCGAGAUGGAUCUCCUGUUUUGCCUCAAGUCGAACUCCAUCCGUAUCUUGAUCGAUGCAGGAGCCCAGAUCUUGGAAAUGGACAACUACACUCUGGUUCAACAGUGGCUAAAGAUUGACCACUUCGCUUUGGCAGGCUUGUACUUUGACGAAGAAAACAAACCUUGGAUUCUGACCAAGGAAGGAAGAAGAACGCCCCUUCUCGCGUCACCUUUUGCUGAUGACCUUUCAAACUGUCUGGUAUAUCUUGAUGAGGCCCACACCCGUGGCACUGAUCUUAGGCUCCCUCCUAAAGCUAAGGGCGCCCUCACUCUUCGUCUAGGCCAGACCAAGGACCACACUGUUCAAGCUGCUAUGCGUCUACGACAACUGGGAACAACUCAGGUUGUUUCUUUCUUUGUCCCUCCCGAGGUCCACCAAAGCAUCUCAGACCUGCAAAACAAGACUAUUCAUGAACCUAUUGACUCAGCUGAUGUCGUCGAAUGGCUUUUGGACAACACAUGUGACCAAAUUGAGCAGCUGCAGCCCUUAUACUAUUCACAGGGCAUGGAUUACUGCCGUCGAAUGCAGGCCGCUUUAGAUCACCCCAACUUUUUAACCGACAAGCCUCAGCGAAAAGCGUAUGUACAGGCGAUUAAGCAGGACGAACAGCAGAGCCUGCAGAAUCUUUACGAGCCGAAAAUAAAGAACCGCGCCGUCGGCAUGCAGACAUCUAACAACGUGGUGCUUAAAGGCUUUAUUCGGGAUCUCAAUGCAAGACGCAAGACCUUUCAAGACACUGGCCGAGCCAUUCAUGCCUCUGCUCUACAGGAAGUCGAGCAGGAGAGAGAGGUUGCCUUCGAGGUUGAAUCAGUGCGACAGGUCAAGAAGCCUCAACAUUUUGCUGCUUUCUCUUUCCCAGGUCUCAACGCCAGCCUCGAGGCUUUUAUCAGAACUGGAAGGCUUCCUGCAGACACGAAUUAUUUUACUCACGUCUUCCAUGCCCUGUCAAAGACAGGAAUUGGUCGCAAGUACAAAGUGCAACCGAAGAUAACAAAAUCAAAAUUACUCGAGACGGCCGAGUUUGGCAGAACUAUCAAGCCCAAGGGAGACCUCUCUACCGAUGACUUCUUGCGUCCCGUUAACUGGAUCAUUUGGAGCUCUGUCGCCGAGAUCGCUGUCAUUAUCAUGCCCGAAGAAGCCGAGGCUCUGAUUCCCAUCAUGCGAAAUUCAGGCGUUCCCACGCACCUUCUAGUUUACUCUGUACCAAUCACACGAAAAAUGCUCCGAUUCAACGAUUUGACGUUCCAUAGCAUUCCUCCUCUCCCUAAUGACUGGAAAGCUCCAAAGUGGUUUCAGGUUGAGCUGGGAAUCUACGCCGGGCGCUUGUACUUUGAGUGGGACGAAUACGAUGCCAUGUGCUCCUUACUUGGGAUCCAGAAUGGCGAGCUCGGCAACCAAGCACAGGAUGAAGAACCUACUGAGACCGAUACGGAUGCUGAGACAGAGAUAUCUAAGCCACAAACUGACCUCGAGCACAAGCUCACCAAAAGUCCACUGACAUUUCUACAAGAGUGGCUAGCAGUCCGUCGCCGUGGGCAGGAUUUCGCUCACAGCCCCAUGGGCUUUGUCAGUCAGGGCAAGCGUCUCCAAGAGGACCAUGUCUUCUUCAAGGCAGCAGACAUAGAGAAUGGUCUUUCUCAAGAGACUGUGCUGGCACCAAUUCCAUUGUCCAGUUCAGCUGAAAACGACGGGCAGGAUGACCAUGGCUACUACGGCGUCGACGACAUUGGUGCCAACGAGGCUAGAGAUAAUGACUCCAGCGACGACGAUAAAAUCGAGUACGACGAGUCCGAGUACGCCAGCGCAUCAUCAAGUGAUUGAGAGUAGUUUUGGAAGGAAAUCAUCUCAUUUGACAAUGGUUUAAGUUAUGACAAUAUAGAUGGCUUGGUAUGAGGUCUUGGUCAUGUCUCAUGACAUCUGUACGGUUUAGUGUAAUAUAUGUGCGAGUUCUGUAGUAUGUGUGUGAGUUCAUGAUAGGAGGAGUGAUAAUCUUCUCGAAAUGUCACGUAUCUCUGUAUAAAAUGUCCCCUUGAUGAUGAGAA